GCUUACAAAAGGUGAAAAGGAAAUAAUACUACACGGCUUAGGUGCCGCAAUACAAAGAUGUUGUAACUUAGCGCUACAACUUGAAAUAUUGUUUUCUGGGACCUGCCAAAUUGAAGUUAAUACCGGAACGGUUGAUCUGAUAGAUGAUCUGGAACCUUUGACAGAUGAUGUAGAUUUCGGAGCUCAAGUCAGACACUCGUCUUCAAUACAUAUUAGGAUAUUCAGAACUGCAAUGCUUGGUGCAAACCAGUGAAAAUGUUUUUUACAUUAAGUGAAAUAGUGCAGUGGAUAGGACUCACAGUUUUCGAAAUAUGGAUCAAUUUGAUCACAAUAACAAUAUUUUCAGCUCUUUUAGCUCUUAAAAUCGACGGCUUAGUAAACAGUGCCUGGUGGACUAUAUUCGCCCCAUUAUUUGUAAGUGAUGCAAUGAAUGCUUAUUUUUGUUGUAUAGUCUGUAUAAGGAUGACGUUAGCGACCUCCUACAAAGCUUCCAUUUACCGAGCAUCUUGGAGUUAUAUAUUUUUAGGCUUAACAUUUGUAUUUAAAUUUUUACUGUGUAGAAAACUACAAGGUGACUCAGCCAUAGAAUAUAGUGAAGUAUUUGCACCACUGUUUAUAUUGUUACAACUUAUAGCUGUAAGAGCAUGUCAGUUACAUCAAUAAAACAAUAAUUAAUAA